AUGGGGCACCUCAAACGGAUCUUGAUGGAAGCCUGGGCUCCCCAUCGGCUGGAUGAGCUGGAGAAGGAACCAGAUGAAUGCGAAGGUGACGAGUUCGGCGAUGACGACGCCGAUGAGGAACUGCUUCGUGGAGAUAGCCUGGAGGUUUCCGAGGAGAAGGAUUCCCUUUGGGGGCAGGAGCUUCAGGCUUUGGGUGAGAGUUCGGGGCAGGAACAGAGAGUCGAGGAGUCUGGUGAUUAUUGGGGAGACGGUUCUUCGGGGCUUCUGAACAACGAUGAAGCGCCGGCAGCACCAGCAGAUGCACAGGUGGAGGGGCCUGAGGAUUCGAGCUCUGUGAAAAACCAUGAAGCGCCAGCAGCACCAGCAGAUGUUCAGGCGGAGGGGCCCGAGGAUUCGAGCCUUGUGAAAAACCAUGAAGCGCCGGCAGCACCAGCAGAUGUUGUGGACAUCUCAGAUGAUGAUGGCGGGCCUACCGAGCCGAUCCCUCCUCGAAACGAUCCUAUUGAGCUGAUCAAGAAGCGGUUGGAGAAAGCCAAGGAGCAGAAGACCAAGUUCCGUCGAGAUGCUCCGGACACCGCAUCGUCCUGCGCUGAUCCCAGUCGCAUGGAGACUCAAUGUGGGUUCGAUGUCAUGGCAUAUGUGAAAGAAUGGGAUGCUCCAACCGUGCUGGUUGAGGAUUCCCAACCACCGUUUCAGAGCAACCCUCUGGAGCCAGCUGUGGAGCCCAAAGCUACUGUGGAAGCUGUCACGAACCAGCCCGAAACAGUUCCUGAAGACUUGCCAGAGCUAGCCAAAUCGACGGUGACUUUGACGGAGAUCAAAUCUACUGAGGAAGCUGUUGCAAACCAGCCCGCAACAGUUCCCGAAGCCCUGCCAAAGCUAGCCAAGUCGAUGAGGAGUGUCAAGGCCAACGAGGCAAGUGUCUCGAACCAGUCAGCUGUGGAGGCCGAAAACUCGGAAGUUCUCUGUGCAGACCCCAAAGCUACUGAGGAAGCUCGCGCAGACCCAUCCACAGCCAAGUGCGAAGACUCGGCACCUCUCUGUGCAGACCCCAAAGCUAGUGAGGAAGCUCACUCAGACCCAUCCACAGCCAAGUGCGAAGACUCGGCACCUCUCUGUGUAGACCCCAAAGCUAGUGAGGAAGCUCAGUCAGACCCAUCCACAGCCAAGGGACCUGUGGAAACAGCCCCGCCAAAGAAGUCUAAAACUUCCCCCAAAGCUCUCCCAGACCCACCUGUGACCAAGCUGCCAGCACUCACUCGGGGGACCCCGCUUCUUCUGUCGGAGCCUUUGCAGUCCAAAGCAGACGUGUACCAAGAGGCCGAAGCCCAGGUGGUCACGACCAAGCAGGACCAGGAUGCAAUGAUGGCAGCUGUACAGAAGGAACAGCCCAAGGUUGGACCCAAACGCGGCCGUGGCCGUGGCCGUGGCGGCCCCGCAAAAGGAGAACAGGAGACUGGCCGAGGGCGUGCCACAGGCCGUGGCCGUGGAGGUCGUGGCCGCGGAGGGCGAGGGGCUGGAAAGCCUGAGGAGCCCAAGGCAGAGGAGACGCCGUCUGUGAACGGGGAGCGGCCGAAGAAGAAGGCAAAGGUUGCUGCAGAGGGCAAGGCAACGAAGGAUCAGAAGAGCGAGGAGACCCCCAGCGCCAAGAAGAAGCCUGCAAAGGCUUCGGCUGCCAAUGCAUCCAUUGCUGUGGUUAUCUCUGUGGCCAACAAGAAGGCGACCUUGGCUCAGAACAUCAAGUAUGCUGUGAUGAUGGCUGCUGUCCUCGAACCCAGUGAGGGCGAGGUGACUCCAGAAGUCCAGGCCAAUUUGGCGCAGAUGAAGAUGGAUUUCCUUGGUAUGGACGAU